GUUGUAGCUGUUGCUAUGGUGACAUCAGUCAGAUUGGCUCCGCCUCUUCCUGUGAUCUUUCUGCUCAUGAUUCACGGGGUUUCUAGUGCUGGUUGGGGUGUGAUUUACAGUCCUUUACACAUCUGUGCACUGAACGACUCAACAGUGAUAAUGAGAUGCACUUAUACAUACCCUACUGGACAUCAGAUCGAGAAAGUGUUCUGGACCAAAACACUGGUAAGAGAUGAGGGAGAGUUUCCAGAUCUGUCUAAUGACCCUGAAUACAGUCAGAGGCUUCAGUAUCUGGGAGAUAAACAGCAGAACUGCACCAUCAGACUGAGUCAUGUGACACUGAAGGAUUCACACAUGUACUAUUUCAGAUUCAUCACAAAUCAAGAUAAAUGGAUUGGUAUUCCAGGAGUGAAUCUUACUGUCACAGAUCUUCAGGUGGAGUCUCCUGAGAGAGUGACAGAGGGAGAUUCAGUCAGUCUGACAUGUAAAAGCAGCUGCGCUCUGACUGACAGAGCAACAUUCAUCUGGUACAGAAACUCACUGAAGAUAUUAACUGAGAGUAAAUUCAGGAACACACUCAUCCUCAAUCCAGUCAGAAGAGAGGAUUCAGGCAGAUAUAGCUGUGCUGUAGACGGACACACACACGUCUCUCCUGAUGUUCACCUCAAUGUCAUGUACGCACCUAGAAACGUCUCAGUGUUGAUAAAUGGAUCUGGUGUAAUAGUGGAGGGAGAUUCAGUGACUCUGAAGUGCAUCAGUGACUCAAACCCUCCUGCUGUGAACUUCAGCUGGUUUAAGGAGAAUGAAAGCUCAGCUGUUGGAUCUGGACAGAGUUUCAGUGCACUACAGAGUGGACGCUUCUACUGUCAGGCUCACAAUCAACAUGGAUCUCAGAGAUCAGACGCUGUAACUGUCACUGUAAAAGUUUUAGGAAGUCUGCUGAUAUUAUACACAUCCAUUGGAGUGAUUUGUGGAGCUGCAGUGAUCAUCAUGAUGCUGAUUUGGGGCAGCAGGUGGAUGAAAAAGAGAAAUGACACACAGGCAAAGAUGAAUCAUCCCCGACCUGAUCAUGAUGUUGAAUUGAGUGAUCCUGUGUAUGAGAAUGUAACGCUGCUCAACUUGAUGAUUGUGAACCCGAACUGGACUCGUCUCUGUAUGAAAAUCUUCCACCUAACACGAAGAGGCUGUAGUGUAUUGGACACCGUAAAUAUUACAGCCUCUGUGCAUCUAUUUGUGGGAGGAGUGAAUGAUUGACAGAAGAGUCAUGACAUAUAACAAGUAUUUUAAGGAUAAUUCUAUAAGAAAUAAAAUGAAUUGUAUGUUUUUACUUUAUGCUUUUUUAUCACUUAUGAAGCUUCCUUCAUUUCGAAUGUUUUUAACCUUAAUCAUCAGUAUUGUUUAUGUUUCAAAUGAAAGGAAGAAAAAAUUAGGCUCUUGUACAAAUCUACGCUUUCCUGUCAUUUAAUACAGCAGAUUAACAGCAUAACAAAUAUUAAAGUGUAUAACAUGCUAGAGAAUCGGAUUCAGCAAACUCUGAAUCAACAUGCACCAAUGCUACAUUUUCUAAAUGUC